UAUACAUAAUAAUAUAGCUAAUCUCUGCUCCCACACACUUCAUAGAAACUCUUGUAUCUCCAGGAAAGGAAUGGAACAAGUACAUCUCUUCACGAAGAAACUAAAACCAACCCAUAUAAGCCAUGCUCUUCCAAUUCCAACCCAUGUCCUUGAGGCUUUUCCAAUUCCUGAAGGAGCCCAUAUGAUGAAUUUUGAAGCAGUCGAUGCUACUGAUAAUGCAUGGAGGUUUUGCUUGUCAACCCGUCUGACUGGAGCAUACCCAAAACCCGUUCUUCUACGCUCUUCUUGGCAUCGUUUUGUAGAGCAGAAAGGCCUUGCUCCCGAAGACAGGGUUGUCUUCUUCAUGGAGAGAGAUGAAGCUAAUGACAUGGUCAGGAGGUACACGGUUAGAGCUCAACGAAAAGUGAUGACCUUGAUGGGGCAAGAUGUUUGGGUCGAUGUCGAGCAUCUUCCCUUAUAUGGUCUUUGAAGAGUUUGACAUAUAAGCUGUUGGCACGAAAAGAGUCCUUUCCACUCCACUGGUAGCCUCACAGCUUUUUGGCUAGCGCUAAUCAAUACCAUGCAUAUUACUAUGUAAUUAGUAUCCUGUUUGGUUUCCAAUUUUCUUUCCUUUUCUUCUUAAUGUAUGUGUGCCUCUCGUGCCCUAUGAGCUUUGAAUCGAAAGAAUAUAAUAUUGAAGCCAAUAAAAAUAAUGAA